GAACUCUCUUUUUAAAAACUCAGUUAUACACGUUGGUCUAACUUUUCACCGGCAGUCUUUAAAUUAUCCAACUCUGUAAAAAUCUGCCUUUGCUAUACAUUGUAAUAGUGUGAUCGAACUGAGCAGAACGGUAUGGUUCCAGAGUAGUUCUGACAACAGUACCAGAAGCAACAUUAAACUCAGUAAACCUCAGAAUGAAGCAAGUUAAGAAAGAGUAAUGUGGAAUCACAGAAAGAUAUUUACUUGACAAUAUUUGUCAGAGUCUCACAAGUGAUAUCACUAACUCCACACUAGUUCCACGCUGGGGCUUUACCUUCACUGUCAUCUACCAAAAUAAAUGAUGGCAUCGGAAGUUUUACUUGAUCCAUAUGACAUCAAGUCCUGGUCUCCUCUGGAUUCAAAUGGAGGUGGUAAGAAAACAUGGGAGGAGCUUCGAAAGUGUGUCCGUGACACUAUGAAGCUCCUCACUUCACUUGCAGGCAGCGUACCAUCAAACUUUUCAUUUAGAACUGUGACAUCAUCUUCAGGAAAACUGAGUCGGUUGUACUUCCUUGGGAUUCCAUCUAAAGGACGUGAAAAUACACUCUUAUAUGCAGAUAUUUUAGAAGAUGAGCACGAUAAAUUUGUGUUGCCUUGGAAACCAGUGAUUGACAAUAUGCAGCCUUCCUGGUCUUCAGGGCAGUUGUCAAAAGAGGAGCAGCUGAUGCGUGAAAGAAAGAGAUUGGGAUCAUAUGGUAUUACAUCCUAUGAUUUUGUUGAAGACAAAGGUAGAUUUGUGUUUACAGCUAACAGCAGCCUGUACAUGUGUGAAGAUAUGGACAUGAUGGUUGAUUUGCCUGUUAUACCAACUUUAUUAGAUACACAAUGCAUUGGUGCACGGCUAGAUCCCAAGUUUUGCCCAGUGGCACCAGAUUAUGUGGCUUUUAUCAACAGUGGGGACAUUUGGGUCACUUAUGUAAAUACCUUUAAUGAAAUGCAGCUAACUCACACUCAGACCGGUGAAAGUACCUCACUUGAAGAGAAUCCUAUCAGUGCAGGUGCACCAUCCUUUGUAGUACAGGAGGAGUUUGACCGUUAUACUGGCUACUGGUGGCAGCCUGUUCUGGACAACACCUCAGCCAUGGGAUACUCAACCUUGAGGAUCCUCUAUGAAGAAGUAGAUGAGACUGAUGUGGAAAUACUACAUAUCUUUGCACCAUCUACAAAUGUCAGCUCCAGUGGCGUGGACGAGUACCGCUACCCACGUGCUGGUACAGCUAAUGCUCGAAGCACUCUUAAGGUUGUGGAGUUUCAUGUCAACAGUUCUGGCCUGGUGAAAAAUUCCCGAGUACAGCGGUGCCUAGUUGAACCUUUGUCUGUUUACUGUCCUUGGGCUGAGUAUCUUGUCAGAGCAGGCUGGACCCCAAAUGGAAAAUUUGCCUAUGCACAGUUAAUGGAUCGGUCACAGCAGCAUUUGUGCUUGCUGCUAAUUCCCUUGGAGUGUUUUGUUCCUGUGUCAGAGGAUGAUGUAGAAAUGCAUAGUUUUGAUCAUUCCAAGUACCCACCUGUUCAGUGCAUCUAUGAAGAAACUUCCAGCAUCUGGAUUAAUGUUCAUGAUGUCCUCCACUUUUUCCCACAAGAGUUUGAAAAUCAAAUCAGUUUCCUGUGGUCAAGUCAGAAGUCAGGUUAUCGACAUCUUUACUAUGUCACAUCACAAGUCAUUGACUUCCAAGAAACAGAGCACUCAGAUGUUGACAUUGAAGAUAAACCAGCAGGUUACCAUCGGUGCCAGAUGCUGAAAGAGGUUCAACUGACAUCUGGGGAAUGGGAAGUGAUUGGAAAACAGUUCUGGGUAGAUGAGGAGAGGAAAUUGAUCUAUUUCAUGGGUACAAAGGACACACCACUGGAACUCCAUUUGUAUAUGAUGUCUUAUGACAAGCCUUCUGAACCACUAAGGCUAACUGAGCCAGGAUACAGUCAUGCAGUAGCACUCAGCUCAGACUAUAGCAUGUUUGUGACUACAUACUCUUCAGUGGACACUCCACCUCAGAGUGCUGUCAUCAGCAUACAUUACAGUGGGGAUGGCUCUGUGUUUAUUUCUACCUGUUGCACCCUCAUGGAACCUCCAGUUUGCCCAAAUUACCGAGCACCAGAGCUUUUUAAUUUCACAAGCAGCCAUGGAAGCAUUCUUUAUGGAAUGUUUUAUAGACCACACAACUACCGCCCAGGCAUGCAUUAUCCCACAGUCCUCUUUGUGUAUGGAGGGCCCCAAGUCCAGCUUGUUAACAACUCCUUCAAGGGUCUCAAGUUUUUGCGACUGCACACCUUAGCAUCACAGGGUUAUGCUGUUGUGAUGGUGGAUGGCCGAGGCUCAUGUAACAGGGGCCUGGCUUUUGAAGGCUACAUCAAGAACAGCCUUGGUGUUGUGGAGAUGGAUGAUCAGGUAGAAGGGUUAAAGUGGCUAGCUGCUAACACGGACUUCAUUGAUCUUAAUCGAGUUGCCAUCCAUGGCUGGUCCUACGGAGGCUACUUGGCUCUCAUGGGACUGGCACAACGGCCUGAUGUUUUUAAAAUAGCAGUGGCAGGAGCACCAGUAGUGUCAUGGCAUCUGUAUGAUACAGGCUACACAGAACGCUACAUGUCAAUGCCAGAUGCCAAUACUGCUGGCUAUGAAAAUGGAAGUGUGCUGCAUUAUCUCGACAGGUUUCCAGAUGAAGAGAAUCGACUUCUUAUAGUACAUGGGUUGAUCGAUGAAAAUGUGCAUUUUCAUCAUACAAGCCAGCUGGUGAGCGCCCUCAUACGUGCCUGCAAACCUCACAGACUUCAGGUGUACCCCAACGAGCGUCACGGCAUCCGAAGUCAUGAGUCCAACGAACACUACAAAACUUUAGUCCUGAGUUUUUUACAGGAUAAUCUCUGACCCCUUGUCAUUUUCACCUAUCUUGUACAAUGUGGUUUCUCUCUGUGGCUUGAUCACAUUUUGCAUUCUUGCACUGUUUUAUUAUUUAGUUCCUUCAUACCAAAUCAUACAAUUCACCUCACUAAAGGCUGGACUCAGUCGGUUAUGACAUAUUUUGAGAAGUUUUCCAUGUUUGGAAAAAGAAAUGAUGAUAACGUUUCAGCUUCUGUAGGUAUGGUCUCCUACAUUUUUAAACAUAAAUUGUGAGAAGCCAAUAAUUUUAAUUAGCAUUUUUUUAAUUUGUAUAAAUGCUUAAAAGGAGGAGUGAGGGAAGAAUUUGAUUUACUAGUCAGUUAUCGCAGGAAAGCAAGAUAGAAAUUGUUUGUCCUUUGCAAACUUCAGUCUCAGAAUUAUUACUGAAGUGACAUCAUUGUGGUGUGAUGAAAGGUAAAGCUGCUGUGUGGCUUGAGUCUGCUGUGAUGGGGGUCUGGGACAGGGUAAUUCACAAACAACAGUGCAAGUAGGUGCCAGCAGUGCACCAGUGCAUUAGAUCAUACGGUAUUUUAAUUUUGUUCUCUAGAGCUUUAUUUUCCUAGAGAUAGUGUGUUCAUAUGUGUGUGUAUGUAUGUGCAUGUGUGGGUACAUGUAAAUGAGCAAUUAGCAGGCUUGAAUUCAUGUAUAGUAGUUUUAAGAUACUAAUCACUUUUUUUAAAUACAUGGUUGGUUAACAUUUAAAGUCAUUUCAAAACUAAAUUUUGCCUCAUCUAUUCAUUCUGUGCAUUUAAAUAGUCACAACUCCAGGUGCUGUAAUGGAUUAUGCAAAACAUAUUACCUUUAAAUAACACCACUACAUUGGUAAUGAUUUGAAAAAAAAAUGAAACCUGAAGAUGAGCUUUACUUGCUAAGUCAUUGGCACGAGCAUGACACAUCAGCACUUUGGCUUGUUACAUUUUUCGUAACUUAAGUGGGUGAGAGAAGCAGAGAUGAAACAUUAUUAUUAUUUAAUUUGUUGAAACCAUGAUGACAGUGUUGUCAUAUUACAGAACUCUGUAGCCAGGGGAGAGAAAGUAUUUCUGAAGCUUCAGAGGUUAUAUUACUUGAGACAUAGACAUUCAUUUUUGGUGGGUUGUCUCCCACUGAUGUAAGAAGGAAGCGUCUGUUCAUACCACGGAUGUGUAUUGGUGUAUUGCUGUCUGUCUGCCAAGACCAACGCAUAGCCUCUUGCGAAACUCUCUGCUGCUAGUCUCGGCGAGCCAAAAUAAUGAAUGUGACUAAACCAGAAGCUUUGUACACUCCUGGCUCAUUUUAGUAGUUAACUUGAAAAAAUCGUCUGCUAGCAGUCCAGUAAUACAAGUUUGUGAUAGUACACUGUCAAUUGCAUGAAAAGGAAAGGAGUUGUGUAUUUUAAAGUUUGUGCUAUGGAUAGUUCUUCCCACCAAACAAAUUUUAUAUAUUAUAACAUUUAGAAGGCCUCAAAAAUAGGUAGAGAGGGGUAGAAAUAAUCUUCUCUUGCCCCCAGCAAAAACAAAAAUAAAAUGCUGUCAUCUCCCUACUUGACUGCUGUCACCAUGGACAACAUUUUGCAAACAUGAUGAAUAUCAGUAUGAAGAAUACUUUGCAUACAUAAAAGUUAAAAAAAAACACUAAAUGUAAUAGCAAUCAAGCAAUCUCUGGGAAGUGAGAUCAGGGGUUAUCGGAAGUUAAGGGUAAACUUAGUGAACUGAAUUGGGUUGUCAAACAGCACUUGAAAAUAUUUUUGACAAAAAUUAAUUCCUCUUAUUUCUCACCCCACCUAUACAUUUUGGACUAUAUCUUGUUUUAUUCUUGUAUAUGGCAACACCAUGGUUUUGUAGCUAAUUUGCAAACAUUUCUUUUUCAUAUAUAUUUGAAGGCUGUUAUAGGGCUUGGUUACUUUUUUUUUUAAGUCAUAAGCAUUUUCAGUAGAUUUUAUGGAAGUUUUAAACAAUCCGUAAAAAAAAAAAAUAGUAAACAAUUUUUUUUUUUUUUUUUUUUUUUUUUUGUACCAAAUUUGUCACAAAGAUCUACUUCCAGUCUGCUUCCCAGGUUCUAAGGCACUAAGCUUUCAUCAAUUGAAAAUAGCACUGGGAUGAUUACAUCCUGUCCAAUCUCACCUUGUGCCAAUAGGAACAAAUAACAAAACAGGUUUCUCUUGUUUUCUGGCUUUGUGUGUGAAUCAUAGUUUCACUCCAUAAAUAUAUGCACCAACAAAUGUUUUCAGAGAAAGAGACAGGUAUCUCUAUUAUGAACAUUACCAAAGGACAUGUUACCAAAUAAUUUUUAAACUGUGUUCUGCAGUUACAGGAUCCCAUUCCCAACUCUGUGCAAUUUCCAGCCUGACAGAGCAGGUACUAUUUUAAGUCAUUGAUACAUUUAAAAAAAAAAUUUAUAUAUACCAAAGUCGCUGUAAGUCCAAAAAUUGGUUUUAUAUACAGUGCAGUAUCUCUAAACUGUUCACCAAUUUAGCUGCCUUUUUAAAAACUAUUUUCCUUUCCACUAUUUGCAUUGCACUGUGUCCACAUUAGAAGUCAGAAAUAUCAUGUAACAGUGCUGACAAGUAGGGAAACAAAUGCCAACCUGGAUUGUAUUUAGAAAAAAAGUUGAAUUUUUACAGUUCACUAAAAGCAAAAUAUUCAUGGUUUCACCAGAAUUUUAAUUUUUAAUUUAUUUUUUUUUACCUGCAGUGUGGAUACAACUUGGUAUGUUUGUGUAAUAUUAAAGUACAUGAUACAUGUACAUGUUUAUUUCUCAUAUCGAGUACUUUUAACUAGUUGUGCAUCUAUACAUUGUCCAUAUUUUUGCUUGUAUAUAACACUGAUGAUCACCUGUGAGAAGUAAAAGUGCCAGUAACUU